AUGUCGGCUUUUGGGAACGAGAGUUUCGAUGUGGAUGGUGCCGGUGGAUGGGCUCGUGGUGAUCGACACAGUGCGUUUGAUCGAGAUGGAGAGGAUUCUGCGAGUCAGGAUCCAGAUAAACGAGCAUCAGAUUUGGACAAGAUACCGAUGCCUGUAGCUGUCGCCGAUCUAGCGCAAUUGGAACUUGGGCAAGAACGCAUUCAGCUCGGAGCAUUGUCAUUCCCCACGGUAUAUGUCGUUGGCAAGAUAAAAUCGGUUGUGGUCGAUAGCAGUCAUCAGCAGGUGAAUUAUAUGGUUGGCGAUCUCGACGAUGACAGUGCUAGUUUCGGUGUGGUUUAUUACAAAGGAGUGGCUGACACAGACAAGGCAACUUCGAGUGCUUUCGUCGAGGAUACGUUUGUUUCGGUUGUGGGCAAAAUAAGAAGUUUCGAUGAUAAAUUGAGCAUCGUCGCAUUCGAUGUUCUUGUCCAGAUGUUUAUGGGUAAUUUGGUUUUGGAUUUUAACCUGGAUUUUUUUCAGUUGUUUGAAGUGGAGGACUCUCGACAAAUUGAAACGUUCAAGUUGCAAGCGAAGCUUGCUAAACUUUAUUACAAAAAGGACGCGUCGCAUAUUAGUGAUCGCACACUUCUGACAGGAACGAUGCUUCAAAGUAAGAGAGGAGGUGCACCCGACGUGCACAGUGAAGACCACAAACAAGCUGGAGGCUUUGGCGCAUCCGAUAUCAGCAGACCAAACGCAGCGGUUGGCCACGAUAGUGAGAAUUGUCGAGGCUUAUCUGGACAAAAAGCUGAGAUCUUCAAGUGCUUGAAGCGAAAUGUGACCGACGUGAACGUGGGAAUGAGCGUGGAUCAGAUUCGAGCCAACAUUCCCAAACAUUUAUUCAAUGCGAAGACCUUCGCUGCAGAUUUGGACGAUUUGUCGUCAGAGGGUUUGAUCUAUACAACACUGGACGAUGACCAUUAUGUUGUGAACUCGUAG